GUGCCGCGUGGCGCAUGCGCGCGGGAGCCUCCUCACGGCGUCCUCUUUUGCCGCCGCCCUUGCCGCGCUUUUCUCUCUCUGUCUUCUUUCCCUCAGAGAGAGGGAGACGGCGUCGUCCGAAGAGGAUGGAGGCUGAGGAGGAGGAGGCGGUGGUGGCGGCGGCGUCGUCGGCGGGCCGCGCUCCGGAGGCCAUGCCGGGCUACGGGGCGCUGGCGGAGCGGUGCUGGGGGAGCCUGUGGGGGGCGGCGCGGGAGUGCGGGGCCGGCUGCGGGUGGGCGGCCUCCCUCCGCACCUGGCGCCGCUUCGCCCAGCCCGCCCACGCCGAGGCCCUGCUCGUCCUCCUCGCCGCCCUCGCCCUCACCCUCGCCCGCAGAGCCGCCACCAACGCGCUCCUCAGGCCUUUUGCCGAGUGGUGCCAGCUGCCCCCCAAAGAUGCGGCCAAGAUGCCCGAGAGCGCCUGGAAACUGGCCUUCUACUCGGCCUCCUGGUCCUACAGCGCCUACCUGCUCUUCUUCGCCGGGUACCCCUUCUUCCACGACCCCCCCAUGGUCUUCUUUGACUGGGUGGUGGGCGAGAAGGUGCCGACGGACAUCGCCAUGGCCUACCUGUUGCAGUGCAGCUUCUACGUCCACUCGCUCUACUCCACGCUCUACAUGGACGUCUGGCGCAAGGACUCGGUGGUCAUGCUCGUCCACCACGUGGUCACCCUCCUGCUGCUGGCCUUCUCCUACAUUUUCAGGUACCACAAGGUGGGGGUCCUGGUCAUUUUCCUCCACGACAUCAGCGACGUCCAGCUCGAGUUUACCAAGCUGAACGUCUACUUCAAGUACCGCGGCGGGGUCUACCACCGGCUCAACGACAUCAUCUCCAACGCCGGGUGCUUCUCCUUCGGCAUCACCUGGUUCUGGUUCCGCCUCUACUGGUUCCCACUCAAGGUUCUCUACACCACGUGCCACACGUGCCUGCUGAUCGCGCCCUUUGCCCCCUUCUACUUCUUCUUCAACGGCCUGCUCUUCCUCCUGACCUUGAUGAACCUCUACUGGUUCCUGUACAUCGCCUUCUUCUUGGCGAAAGUCUUGUUGGGUCAAGUCCGGGAGGUGGACGAUGUGCGAGAAUACGACACGGCCGACGGCAGGAAGAAACUCUUCAAGGAGGGCCACCACUUGAAAAACGGGCUGGUGAAGGACAAGCGCCUAUAGGCACCCAAAGGGGGCGGAGCCGGGCUGCCCCAGGCUCCGCCCCCGCGGCCCCCGAUUGGCCGGGAAGAACCAGGAAGCGGAGCCGCGGGGGGAAAAAAGCACAUGUUCCGUUUUUUUCCGCCGUUGCCGGGAAGGACUGCACUUUAUUCAGAUGGAGAGAGAGAUUUUAUUUUUUUGUCCGAGUGUUUUGGACUACAACUCCCACAAUUCCUAACAGCCUGCCGGCUGUUAGGAAUUGUGGGAGUUGCAGUCCAAAACACCCGGAGGGCCCAAGUUGGCCCGUGCCGGAUAUAUUCUUCAUUUUUUCCAAGGGGCCAAAAUAAUAAUAAUACUACGGCAGACCCUUGAAGCAAAAACAAAACGAUAUCUUCCCUCUGUAUAUCUUAUCCAGUCAAAAGAAUGGGUGGGUGAAGUGUCCCUCUGGGAAAAUACUAUGUUGUCUGCUGCUAGGUGAAGUGGCCCUUUUUUGUGGCUGGGUGGAGUGGCCCUCUGGGGAAAUGCGACUUGGUUGUCUGUUGCCAGGUGAAGUGGCCCUCUGGGGAAAUAAUAUGCGUUGUCUGCUGCUAGGUGAAGUGGCCCUCUGGGGAGAUAUGCAUUGUCUGUUGCUAGGUGAGGUGGCCCUUUCUAUUGCUCUGUGAAGUGGCCCUCUGGGGAAAUGCGACUUGGUUGUCUGUUGCCAGGUGAAGUGGCCCUUUUUGUGGCUGGGUGAAGUGGGCCUCUGGGGAAACGCUAUGUGUUGUUUGCUGCUAGGUAAAGUGGCCCUUUUUGUGGCUGGGUGGCCCUCUGGGGAAAUGCGACUUGGUUCUCUGUUGCCAGGGGAAGUGGCCCUCUGGGGAAAUGCUAUGUGUUGUCUGUUGUUAGGUGAAGUGGCCCUUUUUGUGGCUGGGUGAAGUGGCCCUCUGGGAAAAAAAUGCUAUGUGUUGUUUGCUGCUAGGUAAAGUGGCUCUUUUUGUGGCUGGGUGGCCCUCUGGGGAAAUGCGGCUUGGUUGUCAGGUGAAGUGGCCCUCUGGGAAAAUCAUGCUACGGGCUGUCUGUUGCCAGGUGAAGUGGCCCUCUGGGAAAAUCAUGCUACGGGCUGUCUUUUGCUAGGUGAGGUGGCCUUUUAUGUGGCUGGGUGAAGUGGCCCUCUGGGGAAAUGCUAUGUGUUGUCUGCUGCUAGGUGAAGUGGCCCUUUUUUGUGGCCGGGUGGCCCUCUGGGGAAAUGCGACUUGGUUGUCUGUUUUCAGGUGAAGUGGCCCUCUGGGAAAAUCAUGCUACGGGCUGUCUGUUGCUAGGUGAAGUGGCCCUCUGGGAAAAUACUGUGGGUUUUCUGUUGCUGGGUGAGGUGGCCCUCUGGGAAAAUGCAACUUGGUAUGUCUGUUGCUAGGUGAAGUGGCCCGUUUGGGGCAACGCUACUUUUGACUUUUAUAUCAUGUAAAUGAAUUUAGAUUUGCCGGUCGAUCAAAAGGGAUUUUAAAUUAAUAUAUUUCCCUUGAUUCCGACGGACGUGCACUGCAUGCCUCUGCCAUAGCCAUCCCUAGAUAGAUACGUGUAGAUGUCUGUAGGUAUGACGGCCGGAGCCUUGCGCCUUGCGCCUUGCGUUUUGUUUAUUUUUUCCUCUCCGCGACAACAACAACAACAACAACAACAACAACAACAACAACAUGGGCCGAGGCUUUCGAGCCGGAUUCCGCAAACAAAAGACAAUUAAAGGGAAAGAAUGUG